AUGAAAACGAAAAGUGGCGAGAAGAGAUUCCUUGGAAUCUUCAAAAAGAAGACGACACCUGCCCCGGCGGCUCCUCCUCCUAUUCAAGAAACGUUGGAUACGAACAGCAAUUCUGUGAGUACUACUAUUCCGAUUGAAGAGGAGACGACGUCAUUGGCAGACUCUAUCACGACAUCUUCUAUUCAGGAAGAAGUUAUGCCACCGAGAAAAGGAAGUGUUGCACAAACAAGUGUAAUUCAUUAUUCUCCCCCUGGUACUGUGCGUGCUUCGUUCCCUCCAUCUGCCACGUCAUCCGUUGUCUCUGGUGGAUCUGAUGAUACUGUAGUGAUAACAAGAAAAAGUAAUAUUGUUUUGGAUGAUGAAGAAUCAGUGGUUUCUACGCCUAUCAGCCAAUAUGAUGAAUAUCCAAUUGCUCAAAAGACCCGUUCAAAACGGGCGGCUCCUCCCCCACCUGGUCCUCCAAUGAAUUCCAUUUCUUUCACUCCGCCAAUUCCAACAUCUUCUUCGAACAUUCAACUUGUGUCCCCCAUUCCAAAAACAGAACAUUUCCGUCAGAAUUCAACAAAUUCAAUCAGUAGUCCCCCUCCACCUCCUCCACCUCAUAGAAAACAAGAAAAUGAGAUUGAUUAUGAGGAGAUGUUCAAGAAAUUGCACAAUAAGGUUGAAGCCUAUCAUCAAGUGAGAUCAGAAAAUGGAGGUUCGAUCGAAGAAGAAAGAAUGAAGGCAGAAGUAUUGAAAGAACAUGAAAAACUGAGAGUGUUACUGGAGCAGCAGAUUUUAUCAGAUCGUCCGAAAUCGAUGUCUAACCUGAAUAACAACAAUAAUAUCAGGACGAACAACAAUAAUAAUAUCAAUGCCAAAAAACAACUUCCCCUGAAAAUUCCUCAAGAGAAACCAUCAUCAACCUCAUCGGCGUCUUCCACUAUUCCUGUACAAAAUGGAGCUCCAAUAUCUCCAAAAACAGAUGAGAAUAGAAAUGAAAUUGUCUCAAAAAAGAAAGUAUCUGCUACAAUUGCUCAGAAUACAGAAGCUGUUGAUAGACUCCGAAGAGAAGUUGAAGAACAACGACAACGCGAAAAAGAAGUUAAACAAUACCGUAAUCCAAAAACUUUGGAGGUUAAUGUGAAGUCACCAGAACCUAAAAGGAAGGAAUUAGUAAAAUCUCCACCUCAGUCUCCUACAAAAUCAUCAUCUGGACCACGUAUGGUUGAAUAUAAACCAAUGAAAUCUCCAGGACUUCCAAUCGAUCCAGACGACAUUUACGAAGAAAUUGAUGAAGUGGCUCCACCAAUUCCAAAUACACCUCCUCCGAAACUUUCUGAAUAUCGAAAAGAACAACAAUCGAGUGCUCCUAGAAUGCCCUCUGUUCCUUCAAAUGGAUACGUCAGACUUCAAAUGAAUGGAGUAUCAAAGAAACCAGCUCCAGUUGCUCCGGGAUCUACUCCAAUUAUUGCUCCAAAUAUUCUUAAGAUUGCUCAGAAACCGUACACUGGACCGGAAUUUGCAUCGUCACCAAAACUUUUGAGAAAGACUCCUGAACCAAUGAAUUCUACAAAGAUUUAUGCAUCAGUUCCGGUUAAAGAAGAGAAGAAGACAUAUGAAAAACCACAAGUUCAUCCACAGAUGACUAAUGGAAAUGUUCAAAAGCAUCAAGGAGGAAUGAUAUCUGCCACGUCAUCAUCUUCAUCAUCUCAUUAUCGAAAGAAUCAUUCGAAUCCUCCGAUGACAAGAGGUGCAUCAAUUGAUCAAAAUGGAUAUUCUAAUAGAAUCCCAAAUGGUAUUUCGCCACAGAAAACAGUUUCUUUGGAUGAGAAAAAAGUGGCUCCUCAAGUUUCGUCUCCUGUCAAUUACCGUAAGAAUCAAGCACCUUCUGCAAUGACAAGAACAACAUCAGAAGACCAGAGAGACUCAGGAUAUACUACAAGAACUACAAUCAAUAUUGUGACAUCACCAAACACUCAAAGAAAAAUUCCUCUACCCUCGCCAUCGAAAAGCAAGAUAUCUCCGAUGACUCGUGCAAUGUCAACUGAUCAGUCGACAAUCCCUCCAUCUCCUGUCACAUACCGUAAGAUAUCGGCUCCAGUGACUACAUCAUCUCAGACCACUUCUUUAUUGAAUAAUGUUGCUCCAUCACCAUCUACUAACAGAAGAAGUCAACCAAUUUCUGGAAUUCUUUCUGUCACGUCAUCAAAAACAGCCGUUACUUCUGUCACGUCACCCCCAUAUCCAAAAGGAUCAAUGGCCCCAACAGUGAUUUCAAUCAAAUCGGCAGCUGCAAACGUUUCGAAACAACAAAAACCAGCUAAUACAUUAGGAGAAAUAUUUGAUAUAUCGGAUGUAUUGAAAGGGCCAAAACUUCGAAAAAUUGGGAUGCCAGUUGAAAGAUCAGGAAUAUCACUUGGAAAAGUUGUGGAUACAGUUGAAUUAUCGAACCGCCCAACUUCGACUCCGCCCCCUCCACCGCCUCCUCCUCCUCCUCCACAAACUCUGAUCGGAUCAUCAACACCCCAGGCAUUUGUUCAGAAGAAUCCAGAUUUGAGAGAUUCUCUAAUGAGUGAAAUUCGUGAAGCGGGAAGAUUACGUGCCGCCCGUACAGCACAAUCUGCUUAA